UGGCUGGCCGUAGAUUUAGAAUAUGUGCAGAUAUACACAUCAAUAUAAUGUUAUUUUAUCUUCAAAGAAAGAGACUAAUCCAGAUUCUUGGAUGUAAUAAUCUUAGAAAUAUAUAGUUGAGAUUUCUAGAUACCAAACUAUUCACACCAACCCAGAUUUUCAUUCCUCGUUAGUUGUCAUUCUUGAACCUUAAUUGGAAACCUCAAACAUGGCUGCAGCUUUGUCCUGGAAGGCCAUAGUUUUCUUCGCUGCAACACUGUGCACCUUCUUUGCAGGUGCCAAAACCUUGCAGGGUAACAAUGGUGAUAAGAUUAGCAGCUUGCCAGGCCAGCCUAAGGUUACUUUCCAGCAAUAUUCAGGAUAUGUAGCAGUGGACCAAAAGCAGGAAAGGGCUCUUUUUUACUACUUUGCUGAAGCUGAAACCCAACCAGAUUCUAAGCCCCUGGUUCUCUGGCUAAAUGGAGGCCCUGGAUGCUCAUCUGUUGGAGUUGGAGCUUUCUGUGAGCAUGGCCCUUUCAAGCCAAGUGGGAGUGUCUUGAAAGGAAAUCACUACAGCUGGAAUAAAGAAGCAAACAUGUUGUACUUGGAAUCCCCUGCAGGAGUUGGAUUCUCUUAUUCUGCCAAUAAAUCCUACUAUGUUUAUGUGAAUGAUGAGAUGACAGCAAGAGACAAUCUGGCUUUUCUGGAAAACUGGUUCGAAAAAUUCCCACAAUACAAGAACAGAGAAUUUUUCAUCACUGGAGAAAGUUAUGCUGGACACUAUGUUCCACAACUUGCACAUCUCAUUGUACAAUCCAAGGCAAAAAUUAAUCUUAAGGGGAUAGCAAUUGGAAAUCCUCUUCUGGAGUUCAAUACAGAUUUCAAUGCAAGGGGGGAGUAUUUCUGGUCUCACGGAUUAAUAUCCGAUUCCACGUUUGAGCUCUUCAAUACAGUCUGCAACUAUUCUCAAAUUAGAAGGCAAGGCCAGAUUGGGAAGUUCACAGCUCCUUGUGCUCUAGUUAACAAUCGAGCCAACGCGGAGAUCAGUAGAUUCAUCGACGCCUAUGAUGUGACCCUUGAUGUCUGUCUCUCAUCUCUUUUCCAGCAAGCAGAGAUUCUUAAUCAGUGGCAAGAAACCGAGAAGAUAGAUGUGUGUGUGGAGGAUGAAACCAUCGAGUAUUUGAACAGGAAAGAUGUGCAGAUAGCUCUCCAUGCUCAGCUUCUUGGAGUGAACAGAUGGGGUUCGUGCAGCGAUGUCCUGCAGUAUGACAUGCAGAACCUGGAGGUUCCAACCAUCCCGAUUUUAGGCUCACUCGUCAAGUCUGGGAUUCGCGUAUUGGUUUUCAGCGGAGAUCAAGAUUCGGUUAUACCUUUAACUGGAACCCGAUUUCUUGUAAAUAAAUUGGCACAAGAUCUGGGAUUGAGCACCACUGUGCCAUAUGGAACUUGGUUUGAGGGCAAACAGGUUGCUGGGUGGACACAAGGGUAUGGAGAGUUGCUGUCAUUUGCAACAAUAAGGGGUGCAGCUCAUGAGGCUCCAUUUACUCAGCCUGAGAGGUCACUUGUAAUGUUCAGUUCAUUCUUAGCAGGAAAACCACUUCCCAGGCUAGAUGGAAAGAUGGCAGGGAAAAGAAGCUCACCAACAAGAAUAUUUGCAUCUCUGGGCUAUCACUAAUGCAGAUAUGGGAUGGUGAAACCACCAUGGUGCAAUAUUUCUACAUUAGAUUUCAGAAAUUUAAGGCUUAAAAGGAUAGCCUGUGUCUGUGUAAUACUGAUCAAAGCAUAUUUGAAACAGUGAAAGAUUACAAUAAGGAAUGAAAUAGUGUGCCUUUUUACA